AUGCAGAGGACGAAGCUGAAGCCCAGCGUCAUCUCUUCUGCAGCGCUGGGAGUCAGUGCGUGCGAGGAGGGCGAGCAGCGGCAGCGGGCUUUGGCGCUGCUGAGCGAGAUGUGGAAGUUUAAGCUGGAGCCCAACGUCUUGAGCUACAACGCUGGGAUCAGUGCGUGCGAGAAGGGCGAGCUCCAUCAGCGGGCCCUGGCGCUGCUGAGCGACAUGUGGGAGAUGAAACUGGAGCCGAAUGCAGUGGCAGCGGGCCCUGGCGCUGCUGAGCGAGAUGUGGAAGGGGAGGCUGGAGCCCAACGCCAUCUCCCCCGUGAAGGACGCCGUGCCGGUCGCGUGGGGGAUGUAGUCCACGUUUGCAGCCGUGGUGCGCCUCGGCACCAUUGGGUGGGAUUGAGGUUUCGGCGAUGA